AGAAGCAAAUAUUCUCACUAUUCUACUUGACUGCUGUGAUUAUGUUUUCAUUUCUGUGUGAGAAUCGCUUGACUUUUCAGAGAACUGCCUUUAUGGAGUGUGAUCCCUCUUGGUUGAAGACAGUGUGUGUCCAACACCAUCUUCCCACACAAGACCAACAGUUUUACGAUGCACUGAUGAGGUAACGUAAAGACCUUCUGGCCCUUCGUUGCCACCCUUGGUCCAUCCUUUUCCCUCCCCUCUGCCCUCUUCUCCCUUGGAUCUACUAAAUAAUGGGCCAGAAGAUCUCGGGCAGCAUAAAGUCAGUUGAUGUCCGUGGGGAGCCCUCAUACCGACCAGUGCGGCGUGAACUAAGGGGUCCAGAUUUCUGUCGGCCCACGAGGCUAGACCUUCUGCUAGACAUGCCCUCAGCCAGCCCCGAAAUGCAACUUUGUCACGCCUGGAACCCUGAUGACCGAUCGCUCAAUGUCUUUGUCAAGGAGGAUGACAAGCUGACGUUUCACAGGCACCCUGUGGCGCAGAGCACAGACUGUAUCCGAGGAAGAGUGGGCUACACGAGGGGCCUCCAUGUAUGGAGGAUUCACUGGCCAGCCAGACAAAGAGGCACUCAUGCUGUUGUGGGGGUGGCCACUGCUGAAGCACCUUUACACUCAGUGGGCUACACAGCCCUGGUGGGUUCAGACUCUGAGUCCUGGGGCUGGGACCUGGGCCGGAACAGACUUUAUCAUGAUGGAAAGAACAGACCUGUUUCCACAUCAGCGCCCACUUACCCUUCUUUCCUGCAGCCAGAUGAGUCAUUCGUGCUCCCGGACUGUCUGACAGUAAUAUUAGACAUGGACGAGGGGACGCUGAGCUUUAUGGUGGAUGGACAAUAUCUGGGAGUGGCUUUCAGGGGUCUAAAAGGAAAGAGAUUGUAUCCCAUCGUCAGUGCUGUGUGGGGUCACUGUGAAGUGUCGAUUCGCUACGUCAAUGGAUUAGAUCCGGAGCCCCUCCCCCUCAUGGAUCUGUGCAGACGAGUCGCUCGACUCGCUCUGGGUCGGGAACGGAUCCAGCAUAUCGAGACGCUUCCGCUGCCACAGACUCUGAAAAACUACCUCCAGUACCAGUGACUGCUCAUACACGGACAAAGACAGGAAGAGACGGAGGCCCACCUGAUGCCUCCCAGGCUGACCUUCAACAUCGCCAUCAUGUGUCUGCUGAUGUGGACAGAUGUUGAUAGAGCAGGUGGCUACAUAGGCGCUGCAAAGUGGUUUGUUUACACCCUGAGCGGGUUCCCAGUUUGGAUGGUUUUAUCUCUUGCUUCUAAACUUUUUCACUUAGUUUCUCUUUUUGGACUUCUUUCUCCUGUUGAUUUAAGGAGCUGAUAUGCAGGAAAUCAUGUUAUUAGCAGGAAGCUGGUUUAAUUUUAAAAAUGUAAUGUAACCACAUUUUCACACUCAGAAAGGCCUUACACACUGUGGGUUUAGGGCGAUGGUUUACACAGACGUCUGCUCUGCUCAGUCUCAGCAGAAGCCCCUGCAACAUGUUGGUAUUUAUAUUUAUGUUCCCAACAACACAGCAGGCGCUGUGGGGACACAACAAUCCCUGCAAGCCGCAGGAGAGAGGCAGUAAGUGAAGAGGAGGGAGUGUACACACAGAGUUCUAUUUUUGUUAAUGUGCACACUUUGCAGCACACAUGAAUCACAUAUAUACAGUGUAUGGAAACAAAGCCCACACUGUCUGUAGCAAGAACAUGACAAGGGAGAAAACACCAUCUCCAGACUGGUUUGAAUGUUUGGAUCUGUUCUCUUCUGCCUACUACACUCUCUCUCUUUUAUCCACUUUAUUUUCAGUCAGUUUUAUUGAACUGGAAGGACUGAGUUUCUGCUCUCUACAGUAAUUUUGGCAUUACUGAUGGUGAAGCUGUGUCUUUGACUGCAAAAAUGUGCCUGCCCUGCUACAUCAACUGUUCAGUCUAAACAGCACACCACAGUUCUGUUUCAUUCGAGGACACUUCGGUCCUCACCCAAAGUCUGAAAUGCUGCUUUUAGAAAUCUACAUUACAUCUUCUUACUGUUAGUUUUUAUCUUUUGAUUUACCUUCUGAAAUUUUUUUAUUGAAAUAUGUUUGUGGGAUACAUCUCGCAUGCAUAGGUUGAAGAAUGUGCUGCCAUGAAAAUGUUUUUAAAUAUGAAUAAACUCAGCUAAACUGUCA